AGGAUCGGAUCGAGGAGCCACUGCUUUUGUGCUGUGCUGCUGUUCGUGUUACUCCAUCACUGCUGAAUACAGCGGCAUGGAUGUGACAAAUGGUGCGGUGUUGUUCGCCAUAGCUCUUGUUUUCAUCGCUGCAGUGAUCGCAACGGUUUCAGCAGCAGCAAGAGUGAUGGUUGAUCCGGCAUGCGGCGAUGGGCCGCCGCCUCCCCCUGCGGUGACCGGCAUCGGUUCUAUGAUUCUACUUUUACACACACUUCGUACUAAGGGUUUUGGAGCGAUGAUCCAUGAGCAGUACGCAAAGUUAGGAAGUGUGUUCACGAUAAGUUUCUUUGGACUGAAAACAACAUUCCUGAUUGGACCGGAGGUGUCGGCUCAUUUCUAUCAAGGAUUGGAGUCUGAGAUUAGUCAUGGUAAGAUCCUUGAGUUCACUGUGCCCAUGCUGGGCAAGGAGGUUGGCUAUGGCGUAGACAUCGCCACCCGAACCGAGCAGAAUCGGUUCUACGUCGAUGCACUGAAACCGUCGAAGUUGAGGUGCCAUGUUGGUCCCAUGCUUCAGGAAGUUGAGAACUACUUUCUGAAAUGGGGACAGCAAGGAACUGCUGAUCUAAAGCAAGAGCUCGAGCAGUUACUAAUGCUGAUCUCCGCCCGCUGCUUACUCGGGAAAGAGGUCCGGGAGAAGAUGUUCGAUGAGGUCUUCUCGACCUUCCAUGAACUCACAGACAACAGCCUGCGCCUAACCAGCUUGCUGUUCCCGUACGCCCCAUCGCCGACGACCCGGCGACGUGACAAGGCCCGUGCUAGGCUCUCGAAACUGUUCGCCGAGGUCGUGAGAUCACGCAAGAGCUCGAGCCAUUUUCGUCAGGACGAUGUGCUGCAGAACCUGAUCGACUCCAAGUACAAAGACGGCCGCCCCACGACCGAUGCCGAGGUGACCGGGCUAGUGAUCGCCAUCCUCUUCGCCGGGAAGCACACGAGCUCCAGCACCAGCACAUGGACUGGAGCUCGCCUGCUGAGCCACAAACAGUGCCUAGAGGCUGCCAUCGAGGAGCAGCAGCAGAUUCUGAAGAAAUAUGGGGAGCACAUAGACUACAACACCCUCCUGGAGAUGUGCUUCCUGCACAGCUGCAUCAAGGAGGCGCUCCGGAUGCACCCUCCUGCGCCAACAUUUCUCCGCAAGGUGCACAGGAACUUCACCGUGCGGACGAGGGAGGGCCACGAGUAUGAGAUUCCAAGAGGGCACACCGUAGCAAGCCCUCUGGUGAUCAACAACAACAUUCCUUACGUUUACAGGGAUCCGGAUGUGUACGACCCGGACCGGUUUGGUCCGGGAAGGGAGGAAGACAGAGCUGGUGGUGGCAAGUUCUGUUACACGGCGUUCAGUGGUGGAAGGCAUGCCUGCCCUGGAGAAGCCUACGCCUACAUGCAGGUGAAGGUGAUAUGGAGCCAUUUGCUGAGGAACUUUGAGCUCGAGUUGGUGUCUUCCUUCCCGGAGACCGACUGGUUGAAGGUUUCCCCGGAGCCGAAAGGGAAAGUGAUGGUGAGUUACAGGAGGCGGACGCUUCGUCCUUGCGCCACCACAUAGAUGGUAAACUGAUGAUUACUUAUGGAUAACUUAACCUACUAUGAAUUAGACUGCCGUAUUCCUCGAAUGGACAUUAAAUUAAAUAUGAACCCAAUGGCACUAAAUUUAUAAUACGCUAGAAUGCAAAUUGUGUACCGUGAAAUAAAAUAAAUGGAGGAUGUGUUUAAGCUUGUUUAUGUGUGUUAUGCGUAUAAUA